AUGCAUCCGAAUAAUGAUAAGAUGAAGGCAGUGAUUAAGAAGGUUGUUGACAUCUUUAAUGGGACGACACUAAAAGUUGUUAUUGCUGAUGGGCAUGAAGAUAGAAUGGAGGUUGAUGGUACGAGUGUGCAUGCAACAGAAGGAGAAAAAUCAGCUGAGGAUAUGAACCAAAUGAUUACUAAUUUGACCAAUAAGAUGGGGAAGGAUUUACUUAGUGGACCAAAACUUUAUUUUGAUUCGAAUGUCCAUUCUUCAGAUCAUGGAAUGGAAGGAAUGUCCCCAACAAUUGUGAAGCCAACUGGUAUGUGCAAUGAUAAGGUUCUGUUUGAGCAUAAGGGUGGUUCACAUCAACAGAAUAUAGGAAUGGAAGUUGUAAUGUACAAUGGGAAUUCUAGUUUUGAUUCUCCUUGUAUAUUAACACCUGAUGAGAUGAAAACUUCGAAAUGGAAUGAAGGUAAAGAUGAUGCAAUUGUUGAACAGGAUUGUCCUAAAAGGACAAAGAGAAAUGUUGAAGUUGUAGUAUGGAUUAAAAUGAGAGAAAAAAGAGAAAUGAAGCAUGUACCUACAUUGAAGUCACCUUUUGUACAAAGAGUUGUGGACUUGAAAGAUUCAGUUGAGCAGAAAGAAAUUCUGGUUGCACAAGCUAUUAUUGGAUUAGAAAUGGAUAAAAGGGAGCUCGUAUGGGAAUCAAAAGAAGGGUUUGGAAUGCAUCUAGAAUAUGCUAGAACUAUUGCAGCAAAAGUGAAUAUUCAUUCAAAUGUAAUAGAUUGUUGGAGUGUUCUACUAAACAAAUUGGAAGAGAGCAAGGCAGAGUCGUCAUAUUCUAGACUUUUUUUUACAACAGGCACACUGGUUUUCUUCCCUAUUGUUGAUGGGAAUUACUACCUGAUAUGUUUUAACCUUAAAAGUUUUUCAAUUUUGAUAAUUGAUCAAAGGAGAUUGGUGGGAACAGUUGAGUCCGUCUAUGGGAACAUAUCCCGUGUGCUGAAGAAGGUGAAGACUCUGAUGACAAGGAAUGUGGUGGUGUUGAAAAUGAAGUGUCAAGCAUACAACCGUUCAGAUGAUGGUGGAAUCUACCUUAUGCGACAUAUGGAGAGUUUUAUGGGGGAUCAAACAUCAAAGUGGGAUUGUGGGCUAGCUGUGGAUUUAAAAACACAAGAUAUGUAUUUACAGAAGUUAAGGUACAAGUAUUUGGUGAGGUUGCUUUUGUCUGAUCAUAAUAUUUUGAAGUGUGAAUUUGAAAAGGAGUAUGCAAAGUUUGUUAAGAUGGAUAAGGCGACAAGGAAAGAAAAUAGUUCAAGGGAAUCUGAAAGUAGUCUUUGA